AUGAAGUUCUUCGCUGCGGCUGUCUUGUCUCUACUCCCUGCCCUCUCUGUGGCGCAUACCAUCGCUCAGCGUGUUCGCGUCAAUGGGCAAGACUUUGGCCAGUUAAAUGGGAUCAAGGCUCCAAAUUCGAACAAUCCGAUCCAGAACGUCAAUGAUGCCGCCAUGGCAUGCAACUCCAAUUACAGGCAGCCGACCUCAACCCAGGUGAUCAACGUCAAGGCAGGAGACAAAGUCGGAGUUUUAUGGGGCCAUGUAAUAGGAGGUGCUCAGUUUGCAAACGACCCCGAUCAUCCUAUCGCCAAGUCUCACAAAGGCCCAACGAUGUUUUAUAUGGCGAAGGUAGAUAACGCUGGAACCGCCUCGCCCAAUGGCUUGAAGUGGUUCAAGGUCCACGAGGACGGUCUAGACGGAUCCGGUCAAUGGGGAGUCGACCGUAUGAUCAACAAUGGUGGCUGGCAGGACUUCACUCUUCCAUCCUGCGUUGCUCCUGGAAACUACCUCCUUCGGGCUGAGAUCAUCGCUCUCCACUCUGCUUCCAAGCCCGGCGAGGCUCAGUUCUAUAUCGGCUGUGCCCAGAUCAAUGUCUCUGGAUCAGGCACCAAGACCGGCGAUCAGACUGUGAGCUUCCCAGGCGCAUAUUCAGCUUCCCAUCCAGGUAUCCAAGUCUCGAUAUAUGAUAAGCAAGGUAAACCUCUCGGAAAUGGUACUCCCUACCAGAUCCCAGGACCACAGGUCAUGAAAUGCUAGGCUGGUGGAAUCAAUCACCCAUAGCUUUAAGCAGAGCGCAUUUGCCGACAUACCGGGUAUCGAUG